UUCGAGCCGGGACGAAAUCCCCAAUCCCCUACACGACUGCCCGGCCGCAUCAAACACGCAAUCGCCGCCAGCUCCGUCUACGACCCCGCACCGGUGUUCCACCGCUUCCACGCCAACGUGAACGCCGGCCGCCGUGGCCUCCUCCGAGUCCCGCAAUCCCACGCCUGCGGCCGCCAUGGCCUCCUCCGAGUCCUCCAAUCCCACGCCUGCGGCCGCGGCCGCCGCGCGCCAACCGGCCCGCGACUUCCUCGCCCACCUCGAGGCCUAUCUCGCCCGCCGCGACGGCGUUGACAAGCUGCUCAAGAUCUCCCGCUACGCCGCGCGCCUCGCGCUCGCCGCUGGGCCGCCGCUGCCCCCCGGCGCCUCCGCCCGCCUCAAGUCCUUCGAGUCCAGCGUCGGCCUCAGCCGCAAGGCUUUCCGUCUCGGCAAGUUCGUGCAGUCCCUCAACGCGCUCCGCGCCCACCCGCACCCUCCCCCGGCGCUCGCGCUACUCGCCUACGGCGGUGAGGGCGUCUACUACUUCGUCGAGCAGUUCGUUUGGCUUGCCAAGGCCGGGCUCCUGCCUGCGCACCUUCUCCCGCGCCUCCAGCGCCUCAGUGCCUGGGCCGAGCUGCCGGGCUACGUCGGCUCCAUUGCGAUUAAGCUGGAGGAAGUGGCGAAGAUCGAAUCUUCGAUAAAGAAGCGGCUCGCGGAGGACUGUGAUAAGGAGAGCGAGGCGGUGAAGACGAUGCAGGGUAAGCUGCUGCUGAAGCGGAUGUCAGUGGUGCAGGACGUGGCGGAUGCUGUAAUGGCGCUGGGAGACGUCACCGAUGGCAAGGGUUUGCUCGGGAGCUCCACACUGAUGGCAUCAGCUGGCCUGCUCUCGGCGUUGAUCAGCACGCAUAAAAACUGGAAUUCCUGUUGAAGCCUGAAGGUACAUGUUAUAGAUAGCACAUCAUAUGAUGAAAUAAAGCUCUGAUUAGAGCAACAACUAAGUGUUUCCUCUGGAAAUCUGGAUGCUCCUAAAAUUGAUACUGGUCCUCUGGGGAAUGAAUGAAGUUUAUUCUGAUUCAUUUGGUGGACCAAAGAAUUUAUUCUGGUCCAUUUUGCUGGACCAAAGAAUUUUCAGGGGGUUCAACCAUCUUGGUCAUUCAAUAUUUUUUUUUUGUUCUUAAAAGUAUAUCUGCUUCUGCUGUGUAUGAUUGAGUUCAGAUAAGAUGAUCUUGCUUUUCUCCAA